AUGACUUCUCACAACGAAACAGUUUUCGGUUUCACACCUGUGCCUUCGUCCGCACAGGGGCUCCUGUCAUCCGUGACACCAUCUGGUCCUGCACCUUUCAUCCCAGUUUCGGCUACACCUGUUCCAGACACGGCUCUCUCUCGGCGUAUCGACGCAUAUGCAAAAUCUCACCUCCCGGCUCCAACAUACAACCACUCCCUCCGAGUUUACCACUUUGGGUUGGCGAUCAAGUCGCACCUAUUUCCCUCCUGGUCCUUCACCGAUGAAACGUACUUUCUCACUUGUCUGCUACACGACAUCGGAACCACAGAAGAGAACCUGAAGAGUACCAAAUUGAGCUUUGAGUUUUAUGGAGGCUUUUUGGCACUGGAUGUUUUGCAGAAGCCCCUACCUUCAGCUCCAGAGGCAGCCGCUCCAAGAGACCAGGCGGAGAGCGUUGCCGAGGCUAUCAUUCGACACCAAGACUUAUGUGAGACUGGAAAGAUCACAGCGGUUGGGCAGCUGUUGCAGCUAGCAACUAUCUUUGACAACACCGGUGCCUAUUCGGAACAUGUUCAUCCAUCAACCAUUGAGGAUGUCUCGGCCCAUUUUCCGCGCAUGAAGUGGAGCGGCUGCUUUGCUGCUACCAUUCACAGGGAGAACGAGCUGAAGCCGUGGGCGCACACCACCACCUUGGGCGAAGAGGCUUUUCCAGAGAAGGUGCUUGGGAACAAAUUGAUGGCACCAUUUGAAUAG